UAAAGAAAAAUCAUUCGCGGCGAACCUCUCCGGCUCUCCCCUCAUUCUCCACCGCUGCCGCCGUGCCGCCUCAUCUCGAUCUCCGACUCCUCGCCGGCGGCGGUGCCGCGCUGGGAUCCCUGUACGGCGGAAGCGUCGGCGGUGGCGGUGCCAGCGAUUGAAUCCAGUAAUUUUCGCGAUAAGAGGCGCACCGGUCCUAGAUCCGAAAAGUGGCAGCCUGGCAAGCUCAUCGCGCGCUCAUAGUUCUCUUUGGGCAUCGCCUUCCACCGCCCCUGCAACUGCCCGCCUGCCUCUAGCAUUUCCGACAGCCGCUCAGAUCACUUCCAUUCGUGUCUGAUUUCGGCUAACCCUAUUCCCCUUGUGUGCAGAUAAGGUGCUUCCACAAAAGCAACUGCGUGCCAUGUGUGGGGAGCACAGUUGAAGCAACAAAUCAACCACUGACAGAGAGCAUGUGCAUUUGCAGAGGACAAAACGAGAAAUUGUACUGAAAACCUUCUGCCAAAGGAAAACAAAAGUGAAGUACCGCUCAGUCAUAUGAUAGUUUAAUUUGACUAAAUGAAGCUAAUGUACCAAGUAUUUUUUCAACAAAAGAACUCUUAACUAGAACUGUGCUUUCCAGAAGUCCAAUUUGCCAAGCGAAGUUGGACCUUAAGCCCCUUGUAAGCUAGUGAAGUCUAUCUAGCAAUAAAUUCAAGGAAAACACUCCACGAGAGCACUAAUGGCGAAUGAAUCAUGGAAGAUUCCUAUGUUAGUGCAAGAACUGGCAGCCAAGGUGCAGGAGCCACCAAGCAGGUACGUGCAGCCAGAGCAGCAGCAUCCCGUCAGCCUAGUGGUUGGUGCUGAGAAGCCGGAGGCCAUCCCUGUAAUUGAUCUCAGCCGGCUGUUGGCUGCUGAUGGUGCUGAUGAGGAGGGAAGCAAGCUCCGGUUGGCCUUGCAGAGCUGGGGGCUCUUCCUGAUUGAUAAUCAUGGAAUAGAAACUUCUUUGAUGGAUGAUUUGAUCAACGCGUCAAGAGAGUUUUUCCAUCUGCCGCUCGAAGAGAAACAGAAGUGCAGUAAUUUGAUAGACGGCAAGCAUUACCAGGUGGAAGGAUAUGGAAAUGACCCAGUGGCAUCCAAGGAUCAAAUCCUGGACUGGUUGGACCGACUUCAUCUCAGGGUAGAGCCAGAAGAUGAGAGGAAUCUUGUCCAUUGGCCUGAACAUCCCAAUUCUUUCAGGGCUCUUUUACACAAGUACACGUUGAACUGCAAGAGAAUCAAAGAUCGUAUCCUUUGGGCAAUGGCCAAGUCUCUAGGACUUGACGAAGAUUACAUCGUUGCCCAAUUUAGCGGCAAGGCUCCUAGUUUUGCCAGAUUCAACUACUACCCACCCUGUCCAAGACCAGAUAUUGUCUUUGGCGCCAAGCCUCAUUCUGACGGCGGUGUUCUUACCAUUCUUCUCAUGGAUAAAGAUGUUGGUGGACUUCAAGUUCUUAGAGAUGGCGUGUGGCACAAUGUCCCAACUAGUCCCCACAGGUUGUUGGUUAACAUAGGAGACUUCUCGGAGAUAAUGAGCAAUGGGAUCUUCAAGAGCCCAGUGCACAGGGUUGUCACAAACAUGGGGAAAGAGAGGAUCUCAUUGGCUAUGUUCCAUGGCCUGGAUCCUGAGAAAGAGAUUGAGCCGGCAACAGCUCUGUUACAUGAGAAGCAACUAGCACGGUACAGGAAAAUCAAAGCCAAGGUGUACCUGGCUGGGUUCUAUGAACAUUUUUGUAGAGGAACAAGAUUUAUCGACUCUGAAGAUCUAAGGGAGGUAGCUUAGGUUCGAACAGAGUAGCAAUGGUGAAUAAAGAAUGUUUUCUUUUUCGUGUGAUGUACAUAACAUGGAUCAUCAAAGGAAUGUGCACAUCACGAUUUAAAGAACCCACCGCUGGGAUUUUCUACUAAAGAAGUUUCUUAUGAUUUAA